GUUAAGAAUACAGUUAUUAGAAAAUCAUCUGUAAAGAAAUGAGAAAGCUCAAGAAGAAGAAUGGUGAGUUUAAAAUAACUAGUUUAUAUUAAGCACAUGCAUUAUAUUUGCUUAUCAGUAAAGAUACAGUCAAAUUGUUUGGAUUCAGAUAAAGUUUGGAUUCAGAUAAAGUUUGGAUUCCAAUAUUGUUGAAUGGGUAAGGCAGUGGCUGAGUGACAGUUAACAGAGGGUUGUAGUCAAUGGAAUAUAUUCGAAGCUUGGACUUGUCACCAGUGGGGUACCUCAGGGAUCUGUACUUGGACCCAUUCUCUUUAAUAUUUUUAUUAGUGAUAUUGCAGAAGGUCUUGAUGGUAAGGUAUGUCUUUUUGCUGAUGAUACUAAGAUAUGUAACAGGGUUGAUGUUCCAGGAGGGAUAAGCCAAAUGGCAAAUGAUUUAGGUAAACUAGAAAAAUGGUCAGAGUUGUGGCAACUGACAUUUAAUGUGGAAAAGUUCAAAAUAAAAGUCAUAACCUCAACAUCUGAGGAAAGGGAUUUAGGAGUAAUUUUUUCAGAUAACUUAAAGGUAGACAGACAAUGUAAUAGAGCAGCAGGAAAUGCUAGCAGAAUGCUUGGUUGUAUAGGGAGAGGUAUCAGCAGUAGAAAGAGGGAAGUGCUCAUGCCAUUGUACAGAACACUGGUGAGACCUCACUUGGAGUAUUGUACACAGUACUGGAGACCGUAUCUUCAGAAGGAUAUUGAUACUUUAGAGAGGGUUCAGAGAAGGGCUACUAAACUGGUUCAUGGAUUGCAGGAUAAAACUUACCAGGAAAGGUUAAAGGAUCUUAACAUGUAUAGCUUGGAGGAAAGACGAGACAGGGGGGAUAUGAUAGAAACAUUUAAAUACAUAAAGGCAAUCAACACAGUAAAAGAGGAGACUAUAUUUAAAAGGAGAAAAACUACCAUCGGCCUGCCUUGUUAUCUUGGGGAAGCAAUUGCCCCACUGACCCCUUCCAGAUCUGCCACUGACCAUAGUCAUUGGGUGACCCUAACAGCAUGGGCCACCCGAUGGACCCCUUAAAAUAAGACCCCGGCAGUUAUACCGCUUGGCCUGGGGCCGCAGCACAUGGCGGUGGGCACCAGGUUGCAGGGGUCCGCAGAGUGGCUGUUCUUCUGUGAUGCAGUUACCCUGACUGAUGUCUUCUGGGCACCUUUAGCCCCGCCCCUGCUGUAAUUUGGUCCCGCCCCAGGGUAACUCCCGUCCCUGCCACAGUGUGUUUUUUGUAAAAAAAUAAUCCCGGGUGGAGGAAUCAUUAUUUUCCACCAAGUAUUAUUAAAAAACAAACACAUUGCCCUUGAUACAGUGUCUGCGUUUGGAGGGGCACAAAGGGGGACACGGCAUGAUGUAGGGGCUAUGUCCCCCUCUGGCCCCCCCUUUAGCUACGCCACUGAGUCUGCCUCAUCUCAAUCAAUUUCUGCUUAGAUUCUCUUUUUUGUCCGUUUCAAAUUGUGACAGGUUAGACAAUCUGCCCCCUUUUUUUGUUCUACUGCAAACCUCUUUUUUCAAUGUUAUCUUUCAAGGUAAGACUGGUUUAUUUGUCUAUCUGGGCAGCUCUUUAAUUGGGUAGCAUUGCACAUAGUGCUUCUAUAGCAAUUAUAUUGAUACCCUCCCACCUCCUGGGAGGGUCUGGGAGGGAGGGUCUGCUGCUGAUUGACUGAAAUGUGUCUGCUGACUGUGAGGUACAGGGUCAAAGUUUACUCAAUGAUGAGUCCACGGCGAACCGUUCGUGGCGAACCGUUCCCGAAUGGCAGUGAUAUUGUGAUUACAUGGCCAGGAUGAACCGGAUUGACUGGGGGGACUGCAUGUGUCGUCAGUAAGGUAAGUAUCUGGGCUCCUGUAGGGCACGAUCAUUAACGUGUACUAUGCCGCCAUUACGGUGUUAAAGCCCUCCUUUUGUAGGGCGGCAUAGUACACCCUAACGGUGUUUAGCAGUUAAACAUGAAUUUGACUGUUUACUUCAUUUUUGGUUAAUAAAUUCAGGUUUUCCUUUCUCCCUGGAAACUAUAUGUCAGUUGUAUUUGAGUCUGGUACGGUGUUACAUUCUCCUCACGUUGCUACAUGAAGGGUUACACUUGAUACCUGUUCAUGUUUUUAUUGUGAUGUCAGUUUUAGUUUUGAACAGAUAGAGUAAAGCUUUGACUAGACUGACUCACUUCCUUUGUGUAUUGAAAAUAUAUAUUUUUUUAAACAACAGGUAUUCUAGUCUCAAGUCCUCCAUGAUCUAUUAAAGAAACACUAUUAAUAGACUGUGUACUCCUAAACCCAUUGUGUUCCCCUACCUAUUUAGGACCUAAGAAUCCCACACCUGAGGGGUUACAAGGUGAGUUUCACUUAUCUUUCUUCCUUACCUGCUGCCCCUCCCUAGUUGAGAUCCUCCAGAUUGAUGAUCUCAGCCAAUCCAGUGCUUUCCAAUACUGACGCAUUGGAAGGCUAGUGCACAUGUACAGCAAAUCGCCACGCUGAGCCAAUCAACUGCUGCUCUAGGAGAAGCAUUGAGAACCGAAUCUGACUCAGUUCUCACAGAGAAACACCCCUAGUGGCUAUUAGGAAGAUAGCCAAUAAAGGUGUGUUCAACACUGCAAUUGAAGCAUGUUGCUUUAACUAUAAAACAGAAAUGUUUUACAUUGCAGGCUUAAAACUGUGAAGAUAAGGUGGUCUGGGUGUCUUUAAUUAUCCUUUAAGAUAAUUUGUCAAUUCUCAUGGAAAUAGAGCAAUUUUUUUAGUUUAAUACCCAAUGGAAAAAUAACCAAGCCCAUCUAGUUGAAACUUUCACAUCUAACAAAACCUUACUGGUCUAUGUUUUGGUGAACUGAUAUUGUCCACUAUUGUCUGUUGUUCUUAACUCCUCCUUUAUUUUUUAUCCCAAAAUCAACUAUGCUACUAGCCAGGCCUUACCAGUUACUUGCCACUGCAAACGUGGAGGGUGCAUAGACAUCCAGUAAUGGGGAAUUUGUAUUAGCCAGGAUUACAUAUUUUCUUGCUAAUGGCGAGUAGAAAUGUUGAGUCCUGCUUAAAGUGUAAGUUGAUUGUAGGUUCCUUAUCCCACAAAAACAUAGCUUUUCUACAUUAAAUCUGUUCUGCCACAUAGUGAGGCCCCUUAAUUUAGCCAAUUCUCUCUGCAGAAAAGUGAUAUCCAGGUCAUACUGUAAUACUUUACCUAGUUUUGUAUCAUCUGUAAAUAUUGACACGAGUUUCAAUACCAAUUUAAACAUAAUUAAAAGAUUAGCAUACCCAAUGCAGAUUCCUGAGGUACUAACCACUUCUCUCUGCACUCUAUCUAUCUAUCUGUCUGUCUGUCUGUCUGUCUGUCUGUCUGUCUGUCUGUGUCCCUUUCCCUCAAACGUCAGUACUUUUUUGCAGCCUGAAAGGUUCUCUUACUUUAUUGCCCUGUAUUUUGCUCUGUACAUUCUUCCAUUAAUUCUUACAAGUUUCCCAGCCUUGCUGAUUGUUUCUUAAAAACAACAUCACAUGAAGAUGAUUAUCUGUGAGUUUAAAUGUUUUCGGAUAAUUAUCACGCAGAACAAAUUGAAAAAUACAUAAAUAAAUCUAUAUGUUAUGCGUGGUUGAAAGAGUAAAAUUACAUUUGAGCAAAGCCCGUGUAAGAAUACUAGGUUUCAUUUAUAUCAGUAUUCGUCACGCUCGGCAGUGGAAACAUUUACAUGUGCAAAAGUUUUGUGCAGGAAGUUGGUUUAUGGUUAGUUCAGAUUCUCUUUUCAGCGGAAUUAAAAAGAAAAAGGCUAGAGGAAUUAAAUGAAAGAAAGAAAGGGAUAAAGAAAUAAUGUAAGGUGAAGAAAGAAUGCUAAGAAUAUUCAUGGCCAGUACCAUACCGGGAGUUUUCCUCAAUGGGCCCCCUCAGCUCAGGCUGAUCAGAAGACCAGGUCAGUGCAGAUAUGGGUUAGUAAGGAAGAUAAGAGAUAACCCUUGACUGGCCCUGAAUUAACAUAUUCAUAGUGUGGGCUUUCGGCAGCGUGAGAGAUCCACGCCCUGUCGCGUCUUAAACAUGCCAACAGGAUGUGAUGUCAAUGCGUCGUCAGUAGAGAGCGUUUAAACAAGCUAACUGUUCUGAAUUACUGCGCAAUGAGAUCACAGAGUGAUUCCAGCCCCCAAUGGACCCAGGAAUGAGGCUCCACUCUAGCCCCGCACUGGCCAAGGUAACAAAAAAAGGCUUUCUAAUCAGUGGACCAUCUUGAAAAAAAACAAGUAACAAGUAAAUUCAUGUGGGUGUAUGAGUGUAUUUUUGGAUGUCUAUGCAAGUGUUUACACUUGUAUAUGUGUAUGUCUGUAUAUGUCUAUGUCUGUGUGUGUGUGUAUAAAUAUACACACACACAUAUUUUUCACUCACCAUUAACCGUAGGUUGGCAUGUGAAACAUUAGGCUUGGCAAGUAGGGCUUCAUACCUUGUUAGUAUACUAUGGUUUGCAGUAGCGAGUAACUUUUAAGGCCUAGCCAGUAGCAUCGGACUACAAAUUUUAAGGCCAUAUAAUAUGCUUUGUGUUUUACCAAUUAUACCCAUGUACUGCGGAAUGCGUUUUCAGAACUAUGACAAAAUUAUAUGUGUGCCUGAAAACAUGGUGAAUAUGGUAACUAUAUAUAUAUAUAUAUAUACAUACACACACACACACAAGAAGGAUACAAUAACCUGAGAACACAAACAUUAUAACGGUGUUGCUGGGGCCAACCAACACAGCAUAAAAAGACCAGCGCACUCACUGACUAAACAGCAAGUUCAAAGCUCACACUGUGCAAGGUUCAAUAGGGCCCUACAUAUGUGUGUAUAUGUAGAAGUCAUGGCAUUAAAUAAAUUUAAAAAGAGUAUAUUUUGAUAUGAUUUUGUCCUUUUAAUACACAUGUAUAAUAUUAUAUGUUGCUCUAGAUUACAUUAAUGUUUGACAAUAUAUUCUGUGCUCUUCUCUCAGUUCAUCGGUGUGAGUCCUGCUGGCAGUUGGCCUUGGUGGCGGUGACAGUUCUGCUGAAAUUAAUGGAAGGUGUUGUGAUCGGUAUAAUCGGUAGGGGCAGAGAUCAUUUUAAAUUACCCAUUAUUAUGAAUAUGUAUGUCAGGGGUCUGGUCGGGAAGGAGUGCUGACCAGUGCAGCAACUUCUAUAGGGUGGAAACCAGAAUGCAAAGAAACCAAUAUACACACAAAACAAGGCAAAAAUAUAUAUUGAUAUUUACUAGAAAGACAGUUAAAUAAAAUAGAAACACAGAUAACUGGAUGUUGAGAAGGGCCUCUGGAUACAGGGAACGCAGGAGAGACCUCUGGAUACAGAGAACGCAGGAGAGACCUCUGGAUGCAGGGAACAAAGGAAAGGCCUCUGCAUACAGAGAAUGCAGGAGAGACCUCUGGAUACAGAGAACGCAGGAGAGACCUCUGGAUGCAGGGAACAAAGGAAAGGCCUCUGCAUACAGAGAAUGCAGGAGAGACCUCUGGAUACAGAGAACGCAGGAGAGACCUCUGGAUGCAGGGAACAAAGGAAAGGCCUCUGCAUACAGAGAAUGCAGGAGAGACCUCUGGAUACAGAGAACGCAGGAGAGACCUCUGGAUACAGGGAACGCAGGAGAGACCUCUGGAUACAGGGAACGCAGGAGAGACCUCUGGAUACAGGGAACGCAGGAGAGACCUCUAGGUACAGGGAACGCAGGAGAGACCUCUGGAUACAGGGAACGCAGGAGAGACCUCUGGAUACAGGGAACGCAGGAGAGACCUCUGGAUACAGGGAACGCAGGAGAGACCUCUGGAUACAGGGAACGCAGGAGAGACCUCUGGAUACAGGGAACACAAGAGAGACCUCUGGGUACAGGGAACGCAGGAGAGACCUCUGGGUACAGGGAACGCAGGAGAGACCUCUGGAUACAGGGAACACAGGAGAGACCUCUGGAUACAUGGAACGCAGGAGAGACUUCUGGAUACAGGGAGAAAGCCAGCUCAGGAACACAAGAUAGGCAGCCAGUUAGCACAGAAAUUAAGGACAUAAGGACCAGACCAACAUUAACAUUAACAUUAAUGAAAUGGCAAACAAGAAGGGUGAGGUUCAAUUUAAUGUUGUGAGAUCAUGGCAAAGUAAGGCCAGCUGGGAACAGAGAGAGAUCUCAGUCUGAGUUCAGCAGCCUGCAAUAGCACAACAGACAGGUAGUGGCACUGUGAUGUACUGCAUCAGACUGAGAAUAAACCGAAUCGUGCCAUUUUAGUUAGGGGAUUUAGCUAGCUGUGGCUGGAUAUAGCAGAAGUAGUAAAAUAUGGUCAAAGCUGUCCAACUUCAUGUUUGGCUCAUUGCAACUCAUUGUUUAGUAUUAAUUACUAAGAUUUGAAAUUCCAUAAAUAUAUUUUUGAAUACACUUUAUAUUAACCUUCUAUUACAUACUUCCCACCACUUUAAAUUGACAAUGUUUUUUCAGUUACAUUAACCAUAUUCAAGUAGGAAUUUCUAUUAUGGUGUUAAAGGAAUUAAAAGGGCAUGCUAAGAACUACAACCAUUAGACCCUGUUGCAUAUAAUGCUGAUAUGCUACUGGUGACAUCUUUCAAUUUUGGGACAAACCAAUUUUAGGAGUCUUGUUAUAUGUGAAGGACCAAGGCUUAGAUGUCCUCUUGAGCCUCCAACUGGACACCAUGGUGGGUUUAGCUCCUGAACAAUUUAGCCUUGGCAAGUGGAUUCCUUGUAAGAGGGCCCACGAUGCAUUAAAGUAGCCAUUACCUUUCCAAGCCUUCAGUACUACUUGGUCAUAAGUUUAGGUUUUCAAAUGUAUGAAUUUAACAGGUGUAGUACCAGUAGAGACAUGAUAACAUAACAUAAAUGGGCUAAUACAUAGAUCUUAUGACACAAAAUCAAAGGCUUGUGGAUUUAAUUUCAAAAAACAGCAUAUCAAGCUCCUCAUUUGCUACUACCUGGUUAAUUAUCCUCUGAGGAAAAAGAAAAACCCACAAUCUGUAAUGAAUCCAACCAGUUAUCUCCGCUGCAAGUGAAUGCAAAUAACCCUUAAACACCGGAACAAUACAAGUGUCUAAUUUGAUGAAAUUUGUAUUGCACAUAUAAUUGUUCUUUCACACCAUGCACUUAGCUUCAAGGCAUAGAACCUUUAAGAUAGCCCACUCCCUAAAGAUUAAAAAAAAAAAAAACACAAGAGCUUGGCUAUUUUCAAAACUUUGUUAGAUAGAGGAUGGCGCAUUUGUAAAAAUUCAUACCUCUUGUCUACCUUAUUUCCAUCUUUAACAGGAAUGAAAUUGAGUUUUUUUCUUGGUUGUCGCAGACAUAAAUAUAUCGUGUUCUCCUGUUUAAAUUAUAGAAAUCAGCAGAUCUCUGUCUGUGUCAUUUGUUUUAGGAUAUGUCCAUAUGGAAUUUUAACUUUAUGGAAGCAAAAUUUUAUAAAAUUGCAAUUUCUUUGGAACCAAGCGCACAACUUUGCUAAUUAUGAUAAUGGACCAAGGUAUGAUUGGUGGGAAAAAUAUGGUUGGAUGCAACCUCAAAAUGUUUCUUUUAUUCAAGAUAAAGUGAGAAGUGUCAAUAAAGGGAAAAAAUAAGGUGCAGUAAAAAAAAAAAAAUCUAUAUAUUUAUAUUAGAUUUAAAGGGACAUUAUAGUCUCCAAAACAACUUUAGCUUAAUGAAGCAGUUUUGGUGUAUAGAUCAUGCCUCUGCAGUCUCACUGCUCAAUUAUCUGCCAUUUAUGAUUUACAUCACUUUUGUUUAUGCAGCCCUAGCCACACCUCAUAAAUCCUACAUGUAAAGUAAGAUUGGAUGUUUAUACUUCUUUUAUUGUCUGUUUAAUUUAGAAUGUCCUAUCUCUUGCACUGUUAAUAGCCUGCUAGAUUUUGCAGGAGCCUCCUGUGUGUGAUUAAAGUUCAAUUUACAGAGCAUGAGAUAAAGACUUCUAAAGUAAGUUAACAUCUUAUUAAAAAUAAUACCUUUUUUUUCAUGAGAGCUGAGUGAGUCACAGCCAGGGGAGGUUUGGCUAGGGCUGCAGUGACACAAAACAAAAGUGAUUUAACUCCUAAAUGGCAGAGAAUUGAGCAGUGAAACUACAGGGGCAUGAUGUAUACUCCAAAACUGCUUCAAUAGGGUGGAGGUGCUUCAGAUGUUCCUUUAAUAAAAAUAUAAUAUAUAAAGAUUUUUUUUAUUUCUCCUCCUUUUUUACCCUUUAUUGGUUACUUCUUUUUAUUUAAUGUGUGAACCGAAUGGUUCAAAAAGUAACCUAUACUAUAUCAUGUGCAUCUUGCAGUACACUCGACCUUUUGGUUCAUCCGAAUUGUUUUACAUGAAAUAAUUGCAUGGAUGAUUUUUUUUUCAAACUAAGACUCUCCAUGGAUGAAUCCGAUUUGGCCAACACAAUUCUUUUUUCUUGGCUGAAUCAAUUUGCCUGAACAAAUGUUUUUUUCACUGGGCUCAAGUCUAGUGAUUAGGCACGAAGGAGAGUUAAAACGCUAAGUUGGGUCUGUGGAUGCUAAUGAGUAAUGCAAAUGUAGAGCAAUUCAGAUUAUGCUAAAAGAGAAGUUGCAAUAUACUAUUUCAAAUAUUGUUUGCUUUAGACUUGUCUAUUCUUUGCUAUCAGGCUGGAAGAGCCAUCAUGACUGCACCGAGGAGCAUUUCUUUAAUCAAACGUCAAAAAGAAAUUUACAUAAUCUUGAACAGGAUCGACAGAACCUGCCCAAUUUACAUAAUAUUGAACAGGAUCCACAGAACCUUCCUAAUUUACAUAAUAUUGAACUGGAUCGACAGAACUUGCGUCAUGCAAUCUCUCAUUUGUGUGUCACAGCACGUAGGUGA